AUGGGGCAAGAUGAUCUGGUAGGGUUCUAUACCAAAAUCCUAGUGUUUGGUUGUAAACUGAAAAAGUUUGGAUGUUAUGCUUGGGGAGUUCUUGAGGAACCUGAGCUUCAUGUUGUUACUUUCUUUGAUGCCCUAUAUGCACUGAAGAGCAAUAUGAUAGAUCCUAAUGAUGCUCUUCAUAGUUGGGAUCCUUCUAUUACAAAUCCUUGCACAUGGUUUCAUAUUUCUUGCAACGGUGAAAGUAGCGUGACCCGUGUGGAUCUGGGAAAUGAAAACCUUUCGGGUCAACUUGUUCCACAGCUUGGUCAGCUCCCAAAUUUGGAAUAUUUGGAACUGUAUAGCAAUAACAUAACAGGGAAAAUCCCAGUUGAGCUUGGAAAGUUGACAAACUUGCUGAGUUUGGAUCUUUACUCGAACAACAUUAUUGGUCCAAUUCCAGAUGAAUUAUCCAACCUUAAAAAACUACAGUUCUUAAUUAGAUCUGUUGGAGUCAUUGCUGGAGGAGUUGCUGUGGGUGCUGCCCUGUUGUUUGCAACUCCAGUAAUUGCAUUUAUUUACUGGCAAAGAAGGAAGCCGCCAGAUUAUUUUUUUGAUGUUGCAGCCGAGGAGGAUCCUGUAGUUAGCUUUGGUCAGCUUAAAAGGUUUUCACUACAUGAACUACGAGUUGCAACAGAUGGCUUUAAUAACAAAAACCUUCUUGGUAAAGGUGGCUUUGGCAAGGUUUACAAAGGACGUUUAACAAAUGGUGAUCUUGUAGCGGUAAAAAGACUUAACCAAGAACGCAUCCAGAGUGAGGAGAAGCAGUUUCAAACAGAAGUGGAACUGAUCAGCAUGGCUGUGCAUCGAAAUUUGCUUCGCCUGAUUGGUUUUUGUAUGACAACUACUGAAAGAUUGCUUGUGUAUCCUUUCAUGGUUAAUGGAAGUGUAGAUUCAUGUUUACGAGAGCGACCAGAAUCACAACCACCACUUGAAUGGCCAGCUCGGAAGCAUAUUGCUCUAGGAGCAGCUAAGGCACUUGCUUAUCUGCAUGAUCAUUGUAUCCCAAAGAUUAUUCAUCGUGAUAUCAAAGCUGCUAAUGUGUUAUUAGAUGAGGACUAUGAAGCAGUUGUAGGAGAUUUUGGUUUAGCAAAGCUUAUGGAUUACAAAAAUACUCAUGUUACUACUGCCGUACGUGGGACACUUGGCCAUAUAGCACCAGAGUAUCUGUCAACUGGAAGGUCUUCAGAGAAGACUGAUGUUUUUGGAUAUGGUGUGAUGCUUCUUGAGAUAAUAACUGGACAGAGGGCUUUUAAUUUAGCACGGCUUGCCGUUAAUGAUGAGGUCAUGUUGCUUGAAUGGGUGAAAGGACUUUUGAAAGAGAGGAAGUUGGAGACACUGGUGGAUGCAGAUUUACAGGGAAAUUAUGAUGAGGAGGAAGUAAAGGAGGUAAUCCAAUUGGCCUUGCUAUGCACACAAAGCUCAGCUUUGGAUAGACCAAAAAUGUCUGAGGUGGUGAGAAUGCUAGAGGGUGAAGGUUUGGAAGAAAAGUGGGAUCAAUGGUGGAUGAAGGAGGAUAUGAUUCAAAAGAAUUACAACCCCUUCAAUGUUUACAUUGCUUAUGACUCAACUUCAAAUAUUCCACCAGAUGAACUGCAAGAGCUUGCGUUGACUCAAGUGUGA